CCUACAACUUCCCGUAAAACAUUUUCAAUUUCACACUUCUGGUAAACUUCUUUACAGGGAUCCUUUAAUCAAAAUCCAUAUCGGGAGAACGAACAGAAAAGCGGUGAACGGAAGACCGCGACGGUCGGCGGCGGACAGAGCAACUGAUGCAGUUCACUGACAAAGGAGAAGCGGCUUCCAGAUUUGGAGCUCGAACGGGCUUUUAGGCUAACCAAUUAUCCAGAAAAUUCCAACAACGCUAAACGAUGUUCAUCCGGCGUCCCCUUUCUCAUCCAUCUAUACAUAAUGGCAUUAUCAAUCAGGUUUCUCAGAUCUUCGGACCAAGAUCUAACCGGCCUCUGCCCCUCCAUGCUCUCUUCUGCAGUUCCAGCUUUUCUAAGCCGCCGCCAAUGCCUCCCCGUGAUGAAUCAGGGCGAUUAUCAGGGAAUAACCAAGGCAACAUGCCUCCCUACAACGGGUUGCCAAGUUUUGGAAAUGCUGGCUUGAGAAACAACCCCACACGCACUCCGUUUCCUACUACCUCUCAGACAGUUGCUGGGCAUGAAAACGAAGGGAAUAACAAAAGAAACGUGCCUCCCUACCACAAAUUCCCAAGCUUUGGAAAUGCUGGCUUGAGAAACAACCCCACACGCACUCCGUUUCCUACCACCUCUCAGGCAGAUUCUGGGCAUGAAAACGAAGGUGAGGCCGUAAACCGUUCCAAAUCCAUGGAUGUUGCCCGGGAAAUCCUGGGCGAAAUGGGAAACUUCCCAAACUCUUUCUCCCCUUUCAGUGGAAACUCAUUUCGCCAGUCCCAAGUGGAGACCGACCCAGACAUUGUUCAUGUCAAGAUUCUGCGCAACAACACGUUCAUCACAGUCACUGAUUCAAAGGGGAACAGGAAGUUCGGCGCAACUGCAGGGGGUUUGGCACCUGGUGGGAAAGUGUCGCGCUUUGCUGCAGAGUCAACUGCAGAACAUAUUGGGCGCGAAGCAAGGAACCGCAACUUGAAGUCUGUGGUGAUGAAAGUGAACGGAUUCACUUAUUUUAAGAGGAAGAAGCAGACGAUUCUGAGCUUCAAGGAGGGGUUCAACCACUCUCGGGGUGAUAAAAACCCGGUGGUUUAUAUUGAGGACACAACACGGCGUCCACAUAAUGGUUGUCGCCGCAAGAAGCAACGGCGUAUUUAGUUUUUUUGCAAGUUCAUCAUCAAUCAAGUUUUUGUUUAUUUUUUUUUUAAUUUUUUUGUUUUCUUUGGAGUAUAUGUGGAAUUGAUCCUUUUAGUGCAGACAUUCUUUUGUGUGCUUUUGGAAAAAAAGGGGUUUAUGGUAAUUUUAAACCAUAUGAGAUGUUUACUCCCUUGAACAUGGACGAAUUUGGGUGGUCGUAGAAUAAGAGAGUUUCAUAUUG